AUGGGUUCUGAUACAUCGAAAUCAAAAAAACGUGCAACACAAUUAACUGAAGAAGAAAUACAAUUAUUACUUAAAAAUACACAUUUUAAUCGUCAACAAAUCAAAGAUUGGCAUCAAGGUUUCUUAAAAGAUUGUUCAAAAGGAAAAUUAGAUAAGAAAAAAUUUAUUGAAGUUUAUAAACAAUUCUAUCCAACUGGUAAAGCAGAUAAAUUUUGCACGCAUGUAUUUAAAACAUUUGAUACGGAUAAUUCGGGUGAAAUUGAUUUUGUCGAAUUUCUUAUUGCUAUAUCUGUAACAUCACAUGGUGAUAUUCGAGAAAAACUUAAUAUGGCAUUUAAUAUGUAUGAUAUUGAUAAAAAUGGAAGUGUUGAUUCAAAAGAAAUGGAACAAAUUGUAACUGCUAUUUAUGAUUUACUCGGAGAAGAAAAUCGUAAAGGUGAAAAUUCUCCUGCAAAACGUGUAGAAAAAAUAAUGAAAAAACUUGAUUUAAAUGGCGAUCGAUCAUUAACAAAAGAUGAAUUUAUCAAUGGAUGUUUACAGGAUGAUUUUCUCAAAAAUUUAUUAGCACCAAAUGCUUAA